CAAGAAGAUCAAGAAGGAUGUUGACGAUGAUAUUGAAAGGAAACGAAAAAGAAUCACUUUGCAAAUUCGUUUGCGAGAAUGCUUUAACAAUUACGCUUUGAUGUUUCCCUUUGACCGAAUCAAACCUUUCUUUGUGCUGUUGGUGUUGUUCUUCAAGACAGUACUUCUGAACUACACAGUUACAAGUUCAAGACAGUACUUCUGAACCGGAGUAAUUAUAUAUAAUAUUAGACUUCACGCUCACCUUCACGAUUACCUAGCUCCUGAGUCAUUGCUUGCACCACUUGUAACGCAAUGUUCAGCAUGUUUUACUGCCGAAUGGGAAUUCUCUGACUGCGAAAAACAAAGAUGUUGCCUCUACUACAGAAAGAGAAACAUGCGAGGACUAAGAAUAAAACGUAAAUGUCCUCGCUGCAAUUAU